AUGGCCAUUCAAAUUGGGGAGAUGUCCAAAGUUCAAGUCAGCAAAACUCAAACGCAAAUCGAAUCGGAUGCUAAAACCGCUAAAAGGCUGCAAGAGGAAGAAAUGGAAAGGAUACGGUUGCAGAAGGAGAUUGAAGACAAAGACUAUGAGUUUGCCCAGAAGUGCAACGAGGAGGAACAGGCCAACAUCCAGAAACUCCCACCGGUUCAACCGUCCCAUUCAAUGAACACAAGGAAUAAGAAGAAACGAAGCGCGGUUGUAAACGUAAUUAAGCGGGCCGAACAAAGAGCUGUUGUACCAAUCGCGUUAAAUGUGCAACCGCUUGAUGAAGAAGAAGAAGAAGAUGCUGAGGAACUUAGCCAGCGGAAGAGAAGGGCAACUGAAGGCUCAACCGCAACUCCAAGCUUCAGACCAACUAUUGCUCCACUGCGUCCUCCACUAAAACCGGUCUGUGCCAAUUUUGGGUUCAGCAAAAAGACUCCAAGCCACUCAAGUGUAUGGACCGGAAUGCUGAUUGACGCUGCAAGACGCGACAGGGAGUGGAAGGCAAGAGAAGAGGAAGAAAGAAGGCAGCGUGAACCGCUCCCACCAAACAACAUUCUCAACUCCGAGUCAAUGAGUGAGAAGACCGACAAAGCGGUUAAGCCGAAGUCUUCCAGAACGAAGUCCUCAAAAGGGACCAGUUCUUCCGCUCCGGCUGAAGAGUACUCCAAGAAAGAAAAACCGAAGAAGAAGGCGGUUGAAGCCGAAGCCUCACAAGAAAAGAAUGGAAGAAAGAAGUCUUCCGCAAAGAAGAUCUCCAGCAAACCGGCUGACUCUGAGAAAACCCUUUCCUCGGACAAAUCACCGAAGAGAACCGGGGACGUCUUUCAGCCCAUUCUCAUCAACACCGUUCGCCCCAUCUCUGUUGACUCUCAAUCACCAAGGCAAACCGAACCCUCGGGGAGCCACAAAACCGAGUCAGCAUCAAAGGAGGAAGCAGAUGUAAAUAUUAACUCUGAAAACUCCAAAUCACCAAGCAAGAAGAUCGACGAGGAACCAUCCGGUUCCGCAGGAAACAAGUCUGCCCCAAAAGAUACAACGACCCAAUCGGCCCAAGAUGGGCCAGCUGCUUCAACAAUCCCACCUGAAGGGCUAGUUCAGGUUAACAAGGGAAAAGGUGUUCUGCAAACCGGCUCCCAACCCGAGAUCACAACCGAAGGCAAGGUCACUUUCUCCGCAGAAGAAGAGGAGGAUAUGUUCGAUAGACUCGUUUGGGACAUGAACAGAGAUGCUAGUGAUCUGAUAUCACCAUACCUUCUAUGGGUGCAGCUUCGUUGUGAGACAAAGCUGUCAGAUAUGAUCCCAGGGAUGAGCGGUAACAAAGAAUGGGAGAAACUUGUAAAAUUGGAAGAAACGGCCCUAAAGAUGGCAAACACCAACCUUGUCCAACCCGCAUUCAGCAAAACCGAGGUGAUUCUCGAAUACGCUCGGUUACAAGCAGUAGAAGACGCAUUGAAGGAAGCACAAGGAGCAGCAUUAACUCCGAUUGAAGUAAGAAUGACUGAACGGUUUCAUCCAGUACGGGAAAAGAUCCUUAAAAAUCUUGACUGGCUCGAUGCACAAUGGAGAAGCAACUGCAGACACCAAUUAAUCAAUGCCGACUUAUAUCAAAGAAAACAUUUCUUUGUCGGCGGGGAGACAUCCAGGACAGUAGAACACUGGGGACAAGAUCCGCCUCAAAAUGAUAAGGCUCCGGAACUUGAGCAAGUAAAGCUGGCGGUGAUCGAAACACUUGAGUCGUGUCUUGGGAACUACAGCACCGCAACCGACGAGAAGAUUGCAAAAGCUGAAACCAACCUGUCGAAUACUAUACGGGGAACCGUUCAAUCCGAAAUGACCAACACCGUUCAAACCUCGAUCAGAUCCAUGAUAGAUGAAGCUGUGCAAACCUCCGUCAAAUCUUUGAUCACAGAGUCCAUUCAAACCGCAACCGCUCCCUUAGUCGAUAUGCUGCAGGCCAUGACUGUUCAAAUUGGGGAGUUGUCCAAACUCCAUGUAAGUAAAACUCAAGAACAUAUCAAUUCUGACGCCGAAACCGCAAAGAAACUACAAGAUGAAGAAAGGGAAAGGGAACGGUCAAGGAAAGAACUUGAGGAGAAAGAUCAUGAGCUCGCCCAGAAGUGCAAUGAGGAAGAACAUGCAACUAUCCAUGAACCCAUACCGGCUCAACCCUCACACGCCAUGAAGACAAGAAACAAGGGCAAGAGGAAAGCGGUUGCAAAGGUGUUGAAGCGGGCAGAACAAAACAGUCAACGAGUGACCGAACCAGUCGGGCUGAACGUGCAAACUCUUGAUGAAGAAGAAGAAGAGGACAUCGAAGAACUUAACCGGCGUAAGAAGAGGGAAAUGGAAAGUUCAACCGCAACUCCAAGCUCCAGACCGAUUGUUGCUCAAACGUCUCGACCACCAAAACUAGUCUGUACCGGUUUUAGAUUCGGCAAAAGAACUCCCGGCAUCUCAAGUGUGUGGGUCGGACUGCAAAUUGACGCUGCAAGAAGAGCCAGGGAAUGGAAGGAAAGGGAAGAGGAAGAACUAAGGAGACUGGAAAAAGAACUUAAAAAGGGGGGACCAUCCAAGCCUUAG